AUAAUAAAAAUGAUGUCCCAAGCCAUGCUUACUGAAAAUAAUGCUCUCACCAGUGAAAGUGAUAGAAAAGCUCUUGAAUUCAUUGAACAUGUCACCAUUCAUGCUGAUCAAGUUCAGGCUCAAGUGCUCUCUGAUAUUUUGAAGAGAAACGCUCAUACAGAGUACUUGAAACGUUAUGGCCUCGAUAAAAGCAUUGAUAGAGAGUCUUUCAAACAACUCUUGCCAGUCAUCACAUACGAGGAUCUGCAGCCUGACGUCCUAAGAAUCGCUAAUGGGGAUAAGUCUCCUAUUCUUUCGUCUCAUCCCAUCUCUGAAUUUCUCACCAGCUCUGGAACAUCUGCUGGAGAACGCAAGCUGAUGCCCACCAUUGAAGAGGAGUUAGAGCGAAGAACACUUCUUUACAGCCUUCUCAUGCCUGUCAUGAACCAGUACAUGAAGGGGCUGGACGAGGGAAAAGGCAUGUACUUUCUGUUCAUCAAAUCUGAAACUAAGACACCAGGAGGACUGGUAGCCCGACCUGUUCUAACGAGCUAUUACAAAAGCCGGCAUUUCAGAGAAAAGCCUUACGACCCAUACAAUGUGUACACGAGCCCCAUGGAAGCCAUUCUGUGCCCCGACUCCUACCAGAGCAUGUACGUUCAGCUCCUCUGUGGGCUCGCCCAAAACGAGCAAGUCUUGAGAGCAGGAGCAGUCUUUGCCUCGGGCCUCCUCAGAGCAAUACAUUUUCUUGAACAACACUGGAAGUCCCUGUGCCAUGACAUUCGAACGGGGACAAUGAGCGAGAGGCAGGUGAAAGAUGAGUGCUUAAGAGAGGGAGUGAUGAAGAUGAAUUUAUUGGCUCCAAAUCCUGAGCUUGCAGAGCUCAUGGAGAGAGAGUGCUCAAGGGAGUCGUGGGCGGGAAUUAUUAGCCGUUUGUGGCCCAACACAAAGUAUCUAGACGUCAUUGUGACGGGCGCCAUGGCUCAGUAUGUUCCCACCCUGGACUUCUACAGUGGCGGUCUUCCUCUCGUCUGCACAAUGUACGCCUCGUCUGAGUGCUACUUUGGCCUCAACCUCCACCCACUCUGUAAGCCCACUGAGGUCUCCUACACCCUCAUGCCCAACAUGGCCUACUUCGAAUUCCUUCCCGUUUGCCGCCACACCACCGCUGUGUCGCCGCCAAAUCACCGCCUGCAGCUGGUGGAUCUCGCCGACGUUAGAUUGGGGGAUGAAUAUGAGCUUGUGAUCACUACAUAUGCAGGGCUGUAUCGUUACAGAGUGGGCGAUGUGCUGCGGGUGAGCGGCUUCCACAACUCGGCGCCGCAAUUCCAUUUCGUGUGCCGGAAAAACGUAAUGCUGAGCAUCGACUCAGACAAAACCGACGAAGUGGAGCUGCAGAACGCGGUGAGGAAAGCGGCGGAGCACCUGGAAGCUUACGGGGCAAGAGUAAUGGAGUACACCAGCUACGCAGACGUGUCGAACAUUCCAGGACAUUACGUUCUUUUCUGGGAGCUGCAACAUGCAAGAGAGGCGGCGCUGCCCCUGCCCCUGCCCGCUUACGUACUGCAGCAGUGUUGUCUCACUGUAGAAGAAAGUCUGAAUUCCGUGUACAGGCAAGGCAGAGCCGCCGACAAAUCCAUCGGCCCUCUGGAGAUAAAACUAGUAGAAAGUGGGACUUUUGAGGAGCUGAUGGAUUAUGCUAUAAGCCGAGGUGCAUCUAUCAAUCAAUACAAGGCACCCCGCUGUGUUAAGUGCGCCCCAAUUGUUGAGCUUCUGAAUUCGAGAGUCAUGGCUUCCUAUUUCAGCCCCAAGUGCCCCAAAUGGACUCCUGCGCGCACCAAUUGGGAACCUUUGCUUAAGUCUCUGUGAAUCUGCUUUUACGUUCUAUAUUUGUAUUCCUUUUUGGUGCAUUCUAUACUUUUAGGUUUGGUUGCGUGCAAUAGCUUGUAUUUCUGUUUCCACAAAUAUGGAGGUUUCAGAGGCACUCGCAAGCAUGGAUGGUUUACUGUUUUUCAGAUUAUGCAGGCAAUAAAUUGAUACAGUAAUUAGUGGGUCCAGUGUAACAACUUUAUGUUAUUAGAAAUGGUAUCAUGGUGAAAUACAGAAAUUGCACACCAUGUUAAUUCCCAUUUAAGCUUAUGGUGGAAUGUCGUAUAAAGGUUCA